GGCGAUUUUUAUGUGAAAGACGAGAACUGCGCGGGGAGACGGAUGAGAUUGAGAGAGCUGGGCGAGAAUGGCGACAUGGAGUUGCGCCGGUGUGCUCGUCGGAGAACCACCGGCUCUCCGCCGUCGUAUCGCCUUCUCCUGCCCUCCGAUCUUUCCCAUUCUAACCUCUUUCCGGAGGUUCAAGUACCGCUCCCGCGCACAACCAACUUGGAGACGACGUACUGUACUGAGUCUUGCUUUCGCUCGCGGUGGGGAUGAUGAAGUGGCGGUGUUGGCGUCGGUGACUGCGGCGGCGGCGGAGGAGAAGGAAGAAGAGGAUGUGGGGUUCUUGGUCGUCAAUUUCUAUAAGUUCGUCUUGAUUGAGGACCCCCUUGUCGAGGUCUCCAAGCACCUAUCUUUCCUUCAGGGGCUUGACAUACAUGGCCGGAUAUAUUUGAGUGAGCAGGGAAUCAAUGCACAGUUCAGUGGACCAACCAAAUAUGCUUUGGCAUAUGUUGACUGGAUUAAAGAUGAUGAUAGAUUCUCAGAUAUAUUGGUCCAGAUUUCACCAACUACAACUGGACAUGCUUUUCCACGACUGAGAGUGCGGUAUAAAUCCUCUCUUGUACAGGUUGAAGGCGGCACAUCUGAUCUUCCUUUGCUAGACCCUAAUAUGCGAGCCACCCCAUUGGCUCCAUUUGAAUGGAGAGAAAGAAUGCAAGCUAUGAACAAAGCUGGGAAGCCAUUUAGCCAAGAAGAUGCUGUAUUUCUUGGCAGGAAGUCUCUUCUAUUGGAUGUAAGAAAUGGCUAUGAAUGGGAUGUAGGUCAUUUUCACGGAGCUGAACGACCUAAUGUUGACAGUUUUCGAAACACAUCGUUUGGACUCUCAGGGCAAGAGGAAGUUGCAUCAGAUUCACUGGCCCAAAUUGAUAAGGAAAAUACAGAUAUACUGAUGUAUUGCACUGGUGGCAUUCGUUGUGACGUAUAUUCUGCAAUUCUUAGACACAAAGGUUUCCAAAACUUGUACACAUUGAGUGGCGGUGUUUCCAAUUACCUCAAGAACGAAGGCCCUGCCGAUUGGGUGGGAAACCUGUUUGUUUUUGACUCCCGACUUUCUUUGCCACCAUCUGCCUACAAACCUGAAGCCAUUGCCGAAACAAGGCCUAAAAUUAUCUUUGAAGGCAGUACUUUUGCAAGAUGCUAUUUAUGCGGAUCAGAAUUGCUUGUGUUCAAGCAUCGGAAUUGCGCAAAUAUUGAUUGCAACUUUCUCUUUUUAUCAUGUAAGACUUGUGUCGACAAAUUCAGAGGGUGCUGUAGUUCGGAAUGCAAAGAUGCACCUCGACUGAGACCAGUUCUACCCGGGCAUCAAAGAUACCAAAAGUGGCAUAUAUAUCGUGAUGGCGUUCUGCAAAGGGAACCGAAAGUUUGAUUCCAUGUUUGUGAUCUCCACCUUGCUCCCAGGAUCACUUAAUUCACAUGAUGAAACAUGAUCAUUUUUUUGGUUUCCAAAAUUGUAUGGUUUAAAUGUUCAGUUUGAUCAAUGUUUAAUGUUUUAAAUGUAAUCCCAAUUUGGCAAAACCUUCUAUUGAUAACCUUAAUUGUUCUUGAAGAACAUGAAAGGGAUAUUGAUUAUCUCCUGAAACUAA